AUGACCUCCUCCGCGGAGGAGAAUGUUCCUUCUGCCGCCGGCCCCGCCGCCCCCGCCGCCACUGCUGCUGCCGCCCCCGCCGCACCCUCCGCCAUCGUGCCCCCCGCCCCCUGGGUCGCCGCCCCCGUCCGCUUCGUGCGGACCCGGGGUCGUCGUUUUCGUCUGAGCAACAUCUCGCUCUGCCCCGCAAUUCCACGGGCGAUCAUCGCAGGACCUCCUCCCGCUCUUCCGGGCACUCCCAGAAAGGCUUGGGACAGACCGGUUCUAUCGGUCGCGACGCACAAAAAGUGGGCUUCGAUCCAUUUCGUCGAACUGCCUCCCGCAGCCUGGUUUCGCCGGGCCACGCGGCGCAAUCCCGUCGCGAUCCCUGGUCUCCCCCCAUGGACAAAACGCCAGCCUCUGUCGUCCCGCGAGUGCCGCUGGGUAAACGCGCCGGUCUUGCGUUCUGUAUUUUGGUGCGGCUUCGCAAGCCUGGAUCAGUUGGUAAAACGUGCGCAGAUGCGAGAGGCCUUUUUGAUCACCCGCGCUGGACAGCAGCCUUCUGAUGAACAGAAAUGUGAAUUGUGUCGCAAUUCGUCUGAUUCCGUGACGUUUGCGGCGUGUAUCUCUGAGGGACUGGGACAGAAAUGCAACAACUGCAUCUAUAACGGUCACAAGCCGUGUUCGCUCCAACGUUAG